GUGGGGCUGAAUUUGGGGGUGUGGGGAUGAAUUUGAGGGGCGUGAGAGUGAAUUUGGGGGCGGUUUUGCGGGGGUCCACGGGUGUGGGGGGGCCGCUGCUCCCCCCCCCUUGACCCCGAGGACCGAGCCGAGCCCCCCCUGGACCUGCGAGGACCCCUCGAGGGAUGGGGGGGGCGCUCCCAGUUCCAACCAGUCUCUCCCAGUUCCGGGGCUGCGGAAACGCGGAGUCAGCGCCGCCCGUUCCUCUUUCGGGCUGAGUCAGCUCCUCCAGCACCCCGCAGCCCCCCCAGCUCCGAGCAGCGGGCACCCCAAAAACACCCCGUGCCCCCCAAGCCAGCGCCUCGCCCCCAGCCCACCCCCCAAACCACCACUCACUGCGGGGGGGACACAGCGGUGGGGUGGACCCCCCCCCAAAUCCUGCCCAGUCAUGCUGACCGCGGGGCCGUGUGACAAACGGGGACAAGGGCCAAGGCCACCGCGCCUCCCGGAGGGGCGAGGGGGGCUCGCCCCCCGCUCUCCGCCCCGCGGGGGGGCUGGCGAUAAAAGCCCCCGGCGGACGUUGAGCGGCCGCGGCCGCGUUCUCGCUUCAACAGUGCUUGAACGGAACCGGCUGCUCGCGGCGCCCCGGCCGUGCGAACCGCUCCCCGAACCGCUCCCCGAACCGCUCCGUCCGUCUGUCCCGCCGCUCCCGAACCGCUCCGUCCUUCCCGAGCCGCUCCGUCUGUCUGUCCCGCCUCUCCCGAACCGCUCUGUCCGUCCGUCCGUCUGUCCGAGCCGCCAUGGACUCCCAGAUCCGCCAGAACUACCACCGCGACUGCGAGGCCGCCGUCAACCGCAUGGUCAACAUGGAGCUCUACGCCUCCUACGUCUACCUCUCCAUGGGCUUUUACUUCGACAGGGACGACGUGGCCCUGUCGCGACUGUCGCGGUUCUUCCUGGAGCAGUCGCGGGAGGAGCGGGAGCACGCCGAGGGGCUGCUGCGCUUCCAGACCAACCGCGGGGGCCGCGUUCUGCUGCAGGACAUCAAGAAGCCGGAGCGGGACACCUGGGGCUCGGCGCUGGAGGCGGUGGAGGCGGCGCUGGCGCUGGAGAAGUCGGUGAACCAAGCGCUGCUGGAGCUGCACGCCCUGGCUGCCGAGAAGGCGGACCCCCAUCUUUGUGACUUUUUGGAGUCCCACUACCUGGACGAGCAAGUGAAGGCCAUCAAGGCGCUGGGUGACCACGCCACCAACCUGCGUCGCCUCGCCGGCGGCGCCUCGGGGCCCGGCGAGGCCUCGGCCGGCCUUGGGGAGUACCUGUUCGACCGCAUGAGCUUGGAGGAGCGCAGCUGAAGCGCCCCCAGCCCCCAGACCCACGUAACCCCCCGCCCCAUCCAAAGGGGCUCUGCCUGCUGGGCUCUCCCAGCAUGACUCCAGUAAAGGGUCUGUCUCUGCCUCCA